AUGGCAGGGCUACACGACGUAGUCGGUGAAUCCUUUCUCCACUCGCUGGUCCCACCAUCUAAAAGUCCAACUGGAGCUCCCUGUUUAUACCCGUAUCGUGAGUUUAGCAUCGAGGAGGUUCUUGUAUUCGGUGACGUACUGAGCUGGAAGUUCGGCUGCGACGUCGAGGCCAGUGCCGGCAAGGAAGACGACACGGCACGUUUUCGCACUGAAGGUCGGCAUCGGUCGAUUCGUCAUGAAGCCAGGUCCGAUACGCGUAGGCCUAGCGAUGCGAACGGCCGAGGUGGUCGUGCAGCUCAAACUCGACGUCCCACAGCCGUUUCUUACCGAACGGCCUCCAAGGAACGCGGGGCUCUGAGGACUAGACGUUUUGUUCGUUCGUACCGCGCUGGUUACGGAGCUUACGCCGCAGGCGCCAAAGGUCGGAUCUCGCUACAGCGUCGCGCCGUAGCUAGGAUCCGGGCGACUGCAGCCACAUAAAGGAGUAACAUUGCGUUCCGGUCCAGGCGGCCGCAUUGCGGGACUGCCGAGCGUGCUAAUGGCAGGUAACGAGCUAGACCGACGCGCCUAGGCAUGACUUUGCGAGCAAGCUCCCGGAAGGGGUGUACUCCCCAGUCAAUAUGCAAAA